GUGACACUACUGACUUAUUGACAGAUCGAGGAACGAGGAAUCAUUGUUUUAUUUCCAUAUUAAUCUAGUGAUUGAAUAUGACUGUGAAAUACGUAAAUAAUGACGACAUUUCAUGAUGAAAUAGAAAUUGAGGACUUCGAAUAUGAGGAAGAUGAAAAUAUGUAUUACUAUCCCUGUCCCUGUGGCGAUAGGUUUCAAAUAAGCAAGGAGGAGCUGCUGGAUGGCGAGGAACUUGCAACUUGUCCAAGCUGCUCACUGGUGGUUAGGGUUAUCUAUGAUGUAGAAAAGUUGAAGGCAGAAAAUGAAGAAAAACACAAAGCUGACAGUAACAGAGAAGCAGUGAGAGCGUAACAUCCAGCAGACAUGAAGCAUGUACAGUGUACAAUGGUACGCAGCCACAGAGUGAGCCCGCAACACAGGCACAGACAGGUGCCCGCACUAGUCGUGGGAACUAAUAUAGUUGCUCAACUAUAUUCUCUAGUUUCAUUCAUGUUACCUCUGUUAAAUCACCACUUGUUGCUCUUUUUUUUUUAAUAUUUUAUCUUUUAACAACACAAUGUUGUUGGUAUUGAUGAUCAGCUACUUAUUGGCCAAACCAGUUAGCAGUAUAUGAGGGUCACAGGUUGGUAAUCUAUUGUCAUUAGUUUUUUCAAAGCUUCUUUAUUAUAUAUGUGUAUUAACAAUGUUACAUGUGUAAUGUACAUAAUUAUGUUGUAAUAUUCACCAAUACCUGCAUAAAUGUAAAAAGGUGCAAAUAAAACAGCUUAAAGAGGCCA